AUGGGCCCGGAUGCGACCGUAAGCACCUUCACCACGCCAAGGUGGAGACCCAUUCGGGGGGAAGGUAUCGAUAUUGCGAGCGAGACGAGUGGUAUAUAUACGUUAAGAAGCAAUGAAAUACAGGAUGAAAGAAUCGACGAUGAUUUAUAUUUACCUACUAGUGAGACCAAUGAGUCUUCGGCCGCAAGCGAUGUUUGUGUUCUUGGAUGUGUUCAAUCCAUUACCGACGAAGUAUCUGUUACGUCUGGCUUUUAUACUAUUAGCGGGUUGCAAUCUGGAAGUGAUGUUUAUACUGAGGACGUUGGCACAGAAGAUCAAGAACCAAUAUAUAGUAUUUGUAAAGAUGACGAUGAAGUUUCACUAAAUCAACAACUCGAGAAUUCACGCUCACGCAGCAACAGCAUACUCAGUACGGGCAGCUUUCGAGGUGACGGAAGUGAUCCGUCCAGCGCGAGACCACUUCUAUCGGCCGACGAAUUAUCAGAUUUAAUAGUUGGUCGAUAUCCUCCACGUAAGACCAUCAGCAAUUCUAUGGAUUCAGAUUGCGAUUACGUGACUAUGCCACCGCCUCCGCCGCAUCCACAGCUACAAACACUUAGCAUGGACAGUGAUCAACAACUGCCACUACAGUCAUUGUAUCCGAUAGAAAAUAUUGAUUACGUGACAAUUAAUGUUCAGAAGAAAUCGAGCAUACCGAAAUUAGAUCGAGAACGAGAACCACCACCACCACUACCACCGUAUAACAUCAUUCGAGAUGACUUUAUUCCAUUGCCACCUAGACGGAUUAAUCCGCCACCGCCUCCGUAUACCUCACAACGAGAAAGAAUUCAAAUACCGCCGCCCACACCGCCACGAAACGAUGCGAUAAUGCCACGAGAACCACCACCGCCACCAUCGUCUUAUCCCGAUAUGUCAAUGGUGUUUGAUCCCAUCCCGAGAAUUAUAAAAACCACUAAUGAUGCUACAGCAAUUCUCACACUAAAAUCACCACCUAGAAUCCAACCUCCUACUUAUCCAGGUGAUAAAAUGAAACCUACUCCAGUACAUGCUCCGGUUGCAGCUCUCGUGGUAGGUCCAAACAAUUAUCUGGACGUACAUGCCUCUCAAAAUGGUUCAAUGCUUUUACCAUACUUGACAACACCACCAACACCACCUCCACCACCAAUGGUAUAUCCGCGACAACCACCACCGCCGCCAUCACCGACUCCGUUACCACUCCAACCGCAAUCCAGUCUGACGACUGUUUAUACAAAUCAAAUUACUCGAUCACAAAUAGAACAAUACAAACAACAACUUUAUUCUGAUGUUGACUAUGUUAUGUUUCCGUUAAAAGAUCCAGCAGUGUCGAAACAGGAAUAUAUCGAUGCUAAGCAGGGUUCUCUUCUGGCAGCUAUGGCUGCCUAUCCACCACCGCCAUAUCCAUCUUUUAGCAAAUCUUCAGUAAUGUAUCGUAGUACGCCUUAUCUUUCCGGUUCUUCCUUUUCCUCGCAAUCUAAAUAUGCAUCUAAUAAAAAUUUAAGUGUUAGUGACACGGACAAUUCUGGUGGUAAUUAUCUAUUACAUAACAAUCUAAAUAGUCAUUAUGCUGCUAAUACGAGUUCACUAUACAGUAGUGCGAUCUGUUCAUCCAAUCACAGUCUCAAAAAAGAACCUGCAUCAACUGAUUCUCAUACGUUGCACACUUUUUCAUGGACCAGGAGUGAUGAAAACAUUCUCAAAUGUUUUGAUACUUUGAUGACGAAUAAAAUGCAAUCUUUAUCACAGUCCAAACAUCGUAGAUUACCGCCGCCUCCGCCACCACCUCUUUAUGAAAUACAGAAUCUUGACAUAAAUCAACCAUUACCAUCAGCUUCUUCGGGAACAACUCCUUUGAUGAUUGCUACGAAAAUGCAUAAACCUAACAAAUCCUAUAAUGACAUGGAAGAUAGUGAGGAAGGAAAGAAAGAUAUGUUAGACAUUCGAACGCUUCGCGAAAAAAGUCGCAAUUUAGAUUUACCAUUAAUUUCUGCACUGUGCAACGAUCAAUACUUGCUGAAGCAAACAAAAGCCUUUGUCUUGCCAAAGCAUCUUAGCGAAACCUCUAACGCAACAUCUAUGAAAAAUAGCAUUCGGAGCAGCAGUGGAGCGAUUUCUAACAGAAACAAAUAUCCAGUGAGCGGAUUAUCAACGACACAAAUUCAAAAGUCACUUAAGAAGUCCUCAACAAAUACUCAUAAGCAUCCUUCUGAAAUAAAGAAUAAUUCUUUUAAAGUUAACACUUCCAUUACAGAGAUUUCAACCAAUAAGAAAAACUUCACAUCUCACUCUUAA